GAAAAAAAAAAAAUGGCACGCAUCGUUCAUCUCGUGAAUUUUUGCGGACGAAAUAAAUUUUUAUUUUCCAACAAAUUUAAAACAAAUAAUACAAAAGUUGGAAUUAGCGCUGAUAAAUAUUUAAAACUAUUUGCAUGUUCACCAAGGAUUCAAUAUUUGCCUUAUUCUACCAGCGCAGCAGGAAUACCUAAAGAUGAACAAAAGAAAGCUAAAGCAAACUUGCUUAUUUCGAAAAGUGAAGUUCUUGGAGGAAUAUUUGACAAGAAUCGCCCCAAAGCAGGUCCUUGGCAGCAUAUAAGAUACUGUUUCCACGUAGGAGUAUCCGCUGUAGGACAGGAAUCUUUAGGAAAAAUCGAUGCUCCUCCGGUAACAUCAUCGGAUAUGCUUAGGGCUAUGAUGGCAUACAUUUGGCCAAAAGAUGAUGCCUUAGUUAGAAAAAGAGUUGGAAUAUCAGUAGGCCUGCUUGCUGGAUCAAAAGUUAUAAAUGUAUGCGUUCCAUUUUUUUUCAAGGGUGCAGUUGAUGCACUCGGGGUGUUAAACAUGGAUUCUGCACCUGAAACCAUUCUGUCAGUAAGCACAGCUAUGCUUAUUGGAUAUGGAGCAGCCAGGCUUGGAGCAGCAGGUUUUAAUGAACUCCGAAAUGCAGUGUUUGCUAAAGUGGCACACCAUUCAAUCAGAAAAAUUGCAACUAAUGUUUUUCUUCACCUGCACAAUCUGGAUUUAGGUUUUCAUUUAAGUAAACAAACUGGAGCUCUUUCUAAAACCAUUGAUCGUGGUUCCAGAGGAAUUAACUUUGUCCUAACAGCAAUGGUGUUUAACAUUGUUCCUACAAUCUUUGAACUUGCCCUAGUUUCGAGUAUUCUUGGCUUUAAGUGCGGCAUAGCAUUUGCAGGAAUAUCAAUGGGUUGUGUGGGCAUUUAUGCUGCAUUUACAUUAGCCGUCACACAAUGGAGAACUCAAUUCAGAGUUUACAUGAAUCAAGCUGAAAACGAAGCAGGCAACAAAGCUGUUGAUUCUCUAAUAAAUUACGAAACCGUCAAGUAUUUUAAUAACGAACAAUACGAAACACAGCGCUAUAACAAUGUGUUGAAAAAAUACGAAGAAGCCAGUUUAAAGACAAGCUCAAGUUUGGCAUUCUUGAACUUUGGGCAAAAUGCAAUUUUCAGUACAGCUCUCACGGCUAUUAUGGUCUUAGCUGCACAAGAGAUUGCCCAAGGCAAUAUGACAGUUGGUGAUUUAGUUAUGGUUAACGGUUUGCUAUUUCAACUAUCGAUUCCACUAGGAUUUUUGGGAAGUGUAUACCGCGAGGUUAGACAAGCCUUACUUGACAUGCAAUCGAUGUUUACUCUGAUGAAUGUUGAUAGCGCAAUUUCUACCAAACCAAAUGCCCCACAUUUAGCGGUUUCUCGUGAUAAUGCUUCAAUUGAAUUCCGAAAUGUCAAUUUCGAGUAUGAGUCUGGAAAGCCAAUUUUUAAAGAUUUAACAUUUAGCAUUCCUGCUGGCAAGACAAUAGCUAUUGUUGGUGGUUCUGGAUCUGGCAAGUCAUCAAUGGUGCGACUUUUAUAUCGAUUCUUUGAACCGAAAACCGGAGAAGUUAUUAUUGGUGGACAAAAUAUAAAAGAUGUUGAUAUUCACAGCUUGAGAAAAAGUAUUGCUGUUGUACCACAGGACUCUGUUCUUUUCCACGACACUAUACAAUACAAUAUCAAUUAUGGUGACCUUUCGAAAACACAAGACGAUGUUGAAAAAGCAGCACGAAUGGCAGAUUUGCAUGAUUCCAUUCUUGGAUGGCCAAAUAAGUAUGACACACAAGUGGGCGAAAGAGGCUUAAAACUCUCCGGAGGUGAGAAACAAAGAGUUGCAAUUGCUAGAGCUAUUAUGAAGAAUUCUCCAAUUCUCGUUUUUGACGAAGCAACAAGUAGUUUAGAUUCAAUCACCGAAUAUAAUAUAUUGCAAGCAUUAUCGAGAGCUACUCAAGGACGAACAAGUAUUUGUAUAGCGCAUCGUCUUUCUACUGUUAUGGAUGCAGACGAAAUAUUAGUUUUGGAACAUGGUCGAAUCGGUGAACGUGGAACUCAUGCUGAACUUUUAAAACGAAAUGGCUUGUAUGCCAAACUUUGGGAAACCCAAACCCAACAACACGUAUAAAGCCCCAACAAUUGUAAAUAAGUGUUACAGUUCUAAAAUAAUUAUUAUUGUUCAAAACCAAAGUUUAAAGUGUGUAUAUAAGAAGAAACUGUGUAAAUAAAUUUAAUUUACAUAAGGACUAA